CUUAACUUUCAAAAAGGCACAGUUUAUUUGGCGUAAGACCAUAGAGCCAAACAAAAUCGAAUGACAUAACCAUUUGACUAAAACCUGAGAACAACCACUACCCUGUCCAUUGAAACAGGUUCUAUUCUAUCAGUCAGACAAGUUGCAAGUUGCCUUACAGCAAUUAUCAUAAAAAAGAAAGAUGUAUAUGAUGCUAUCUGGGGGACAUAUUAUAUUGAAGAAGCAGAAGAAUAAAACACAAGAAAGUAGAGUUCCAGUCAGAGACAUGGGUUCUGAUUUUGCUUCCUGGUGCAUUUACCUUUCUGUUCUUCUUGCUUUGAUGUGUGCACAAGCCGGUAAUGCCCGGAAAAUAACUCACAGACAACUUAAGGAGGAAGGUGGCAGCAAAAAUUAUCUGCAGCAACCUUCCAACACCAUGGAUGGCCAUACUCAUCUAUUAGCCCACAAGGACCAUAUGGACCCUUCAAUUAAUAUAUUCUUCAAGAUAGAUGACCUCAAGCUAGGCAAAACAAUGCCUGUCUACCUCCCCAGUAAAGACCUGUCUGCCUCUCCUCAUCUAUUAUCCAGGGAAGAAGCCAACUCCAUUCCUUUCUCAUCAACACAACUCCCACAACUUCUCCAGUUCUUCUCAUUCUCUAAAGACUCUCGCCAAGCCAAAGCCAUGGAUUAUACACUUCGGCAAUGUGAACUUGAACCCACCAAAGGGGAGAUAAGGUUCUGUGCCACUUCCCUGGAAUCAAUGCUCGACUUUGCUCGCUCUGUCUUUGGCUCGGAUGCCCACCUUAAGGUUUUAACCGCUACCGUCCCCAAAGAGCCGACCGUCUUUCUACAAAACUACACCAUUUUGGACAUGCCUAAACAGAUCCUCAGUUCCAGAAUCAUUGCAUGUCACACUUUGCCAUAUCCUUAUGCAGUGUUCUACUGCCACAGCCAAAAGAGUGAAACCAGGCUGUUUCAGGUUUCACUAGGAGCUGAAAAUGGAGACAGAGCGCAGGCUCCAGCUGUUUGCCACAUGGAUACCUCUCAAUGGGACCAUGAUCAUGUAUCUUUCCGUGUGCUCAAAAUCAAGCCUGGAUCCUCCCCAGUGUGUCACUUCCUCCCUCCAGAUAGUCUAGUGUGGGUGCCUUUGCCUGCUCGAAUGUACUGUACAGGCCUGGUUAGACUUCAAAGAUACUUAAUGAAGUGCAUACAUUAGCUAUGUGCAAUAAUGUUACAAUCUGCAUUGAAUGAUGUUUAGCCACCAUUGCUGAUGUUUCUGUGUGCUCUAUGUUCCUGCCUUCAGUACAUAAAUCAAGUUCUACCUAGAG